CUUCCCUCCUGCAUCUGAGCUCCAUCUCCACCAGUAAUAUGAGCCGCCAAUUCACCUGCAAGUCAGGAGCUGCCACCAAGGGGGGCUUUAGUGGCUGCUCAGCAGUGCUCUCGGGAGGCAGCUCGUCCUCCUUCCGGGCAGGGGGCAAAGGGCUCAGUGGAGGCUUUGGCAGUCGGAGCCUCUACAGCCUGGGGGGCAGCCGGAGCAUCUCCCUCAACGUGGCCAGUGGCAGUGGGAAGAGCGGAAAUUAUGGAUUUGGCCGGGGCCGGGCCAGCGGCUUUGCUGGGAGCAUCUUCGGCAGUGUGGCUCUGGGACCUGUGUGCCCAACUGUGUGCCCACCUGGAGGCAUUCAUCAGGUCACCAUCAAUGAGAGCCUCCUGGCUCCCCUCAACGUGGAGCUGGAUCCUGAGAUCCAGAAAGUGCGUGCCCAGGAGCGGGAACAGAUUAAGGCUCUGAACAACAAGUUUGCUUCCUUCAUCGACAAGGUUCGGUUCUUGGAGCAGCAGAACCAGGUGCUGGAGACCAAGUGGGAGCUGCUGCAGCAGCUGGACCUGAACAACUGCAGGAACAACCUGGAGUCCGUUUAUGAGGGCUACAUCAGCAACCUGCGGAGGCAGCUGGAGAUGCUGUCUGGGGACAGGGUGAGGCUGGAUUCGGAGCUGAGGAACGUGCGAGAUGUGGUGGAGGACUACAAGAAAAGGUAUGAGGAGGAAAUCAACAGGCGGACAGCUGCAGAGAAUGAGUUUGUGCUGCUUAAGAAGGAUGUGGACGCAGCUUAUGCCAAUAAGGUGGAGCUGCAGGCCAAGGUGGACUCCAUGGACCAGGAGAUUAAGUUCUUCAAGUGUCUCUUUGAAGCCGAGAUUGCUCAGAUCCAGUCCCACAUCAGUGACAUGUCUGUCAUCCUGUCUAUGGACAAUAACCGGAACCUGGACCUGGACAGCAUCAUUGAUGAGGUCCGCGCCCAGUAUGAGGAGAUUGCCCUAAAGAGCAAGGCUGAAGCUGAGGCCCUGUACCAGACCAAGUUCCAGGAGCUGCAGCUGGCAGCCGGCCGGCAUGGGGAUGACCUCAAAAACACCAAGAAUGAAAUCUCAGAGCUUACUAGGCUCAUCCAGAGAAUCCGCUCAGAGAUUGAGAAUGUGAAGAAGCAGGCUUCCAACCUGGAGACGGCCAUUGCUGAUGCCGAGCAGCGGGGGGACAAUGCCCUGAAGGAUGCCCGGACCAAGCUGGAUGAGCUGGAGGGUGCCUUGCACCAGGCCAAGGAAGAGCUGGCCCGGAUGCUGCGGGAGCACCAGGAGCUCCUGAGCCUGAAGCUGGCCCUGGACAUGGAGAUCGCCACCUACCGCAAGCUGCUGGAGGGAGAGGAGUGCAGGAUGUCAGGAGAAUUUCCCUCCCCUGUCAGCAUCUCCAUCAUUAGCAGCACCAGUGGCGGCAGCAGCUAUGGCUUCCGGCCCAGCACGGUCAGCGGUGGCUACGUGGCCAACAGCACCAGCUGCAUCUCUGGAGUGUGCAGCGUCCGUGGCGGGGAGGGCAGGAGCUGGGGCAGUGCCAGCGAUUACAAGGAUAGCCCGGGGAAGGGCUCUAGCCUGAGCGCCCCCUCCAAGAAGGCCAGUCGGUAGAGAGGGCUGCCCCAGGCCCUCCUCACCCACGACCUGGCUCUGGCUCCCACACCGUGCUCCUCCUCCACCCUGCUGGUCCUGCUCCCAUACACCUGGUGCUGGCCUUGGCCACCCUGCUUCUCCCAGCCUGUGUCCUUCUGAGCCUGGGCAGGUCUGGAUGACCAAGCUGGAUAAACUCCUCCCUGCACACUCCUGGCAUUUGCCUCCUCAGCUUUGGUCCCCUCGCCACAUCACUGGCUCUGCCUGGCUCCCAGCCUUUCCUCCUCUGCCAGCCUCUGGCUCAGUCGCUAACUACUUGCCUGCUCCCUGGGCCUUAGGCCGAGGCCCCUCACACACUGGGGACUUUGUGUUGUUCCUGCCUGUGCUAGGAGCUGGCUCUGUGCUAAAGAGGACUGAGGACAAAAAACCAAGAGUGGCCCACUCCCAACCCCACCCUGGCUCAGUCUCAUGGCCCACUCUGAGUGGGACCAAGGACAACUCAGGGUCUCUUUCUUCGCUCUCCUGUACCCAGAGCAGAGAGGAGGAGGCACCGUUCACUUCUCCCUUAUUCUUAAAGCCCCUCCCUGCUGCAUCCUCAAUAAACAGCACAAUCUGA